AUGGCCUGCAACAUGUUAUCUGGUACAAUCCGAAGGUAUACUACUCGUGCCGACUUGAAAGAUACCUUUAAACAAACAAUGACUAGAAUUGGAUCCCAAGCAAUGAUUCUAAGUAGUGGAAUCAGAUUUGAAAAUCCUGGUUUGCAGUUAAGCGGGAUGACGUUGUCCUCUGUUGUAUCAUUGUCUAUAUUUCCCAAAUCACUUUUACUGUUUAACUUGCAUCUUCCGUCACACACAUCCAGCUCUAUUCAUCGCCACGGGUACAUGGCAAUUCAAUUACUUCCCCCAACCUCUGAAGCUGCUAAGCUUGGACGCAUAUUUGCAAGUGGUAUAAAGCAGGAGCAUAGUGGUGGAUUAUUGAAACCUUCUUCACGAGAAUUGAAUGAUGGCGAAAUAUUUCACGAAAUGACGACCCCAUUUAGCAAGAUUAAUGAAAAUGAAUGGCAUUAUUAUGAGUUGAAGGACAAAGAAAUUAAAAUUCCUAUAUUAAAUGAAAGUGAAGCAGUAUUUGUUUGUGAACCUGAGAGAAGUUUGAUAGUCGAUAAUCACGAGAUUUGGGUAGUGAAAGUAAUUGACAUCACGUUCCCUAAUAAAACGUUCCAAGGGAAACGAUCGGGAGGUCUCAUAUAUUUUAAAAGAGGAUUCCAUAAAGUUGGUAAUUUAAUUGAAGAAAACUAG